AUGAUAGAGAAUGAAGAAUAGCUCUUAUGCUCGAAUAAUUAGCAUAUUCCUAGUCCAGCUAUUGCUAUAUUACUUGAUAAAGAUCUUGAAGGAACGUAACAAUUAGUAUGUCAAUAAUGUGUACUAAAUCAUAUAGGAUGUUUAAAUGGAAUUUCGAUCACUUAAGGAUUGGUUAGAAUACAAUAAUUAAAGGAACAAAUUUUUGAUCAAAUUGGAAUCCUCUUUUAAGAAACUUUUCAUUAUUUGAAGAUUUUUCAAGAAAAAAUUUUAUAAGUCAAACAAGAGUUUUUACAGACCAUAAAUUAAGUUAUCGAUCCCCUUGAAUUAUGGAUGAAAUAAUUAGAAGAACUAAAAGAAGGCUAUUCCUAAUAUAGUAUAUAUACUGAGAUUAAUAAUCUUACUAAACCAACCGAUUUACUAAUAGAAUAAGAAAAAUAAUAAUUUCAAAACAGGAUAUAAAAAAUAAAUAAUUAAUAUUUGACCAAGACUGCUUAAUAUUUAAAAGUAUUAGACAAUUUCAUAGCAGAUAAGAAAUUACUUCUAAAACUGAAUUAGUUAUAAGAUUCAACUUCGAAUAAAGAAAAAAUACUUAACGAAGAGAGUGUUAAUACUGGAUAAUAAAAAGAGUCAAAUCAAGCAAUUAGUUAAAGCUAUAAAUAAGAAAGAAUAUAACAUAAAUUAAUUCAAGAGGUUUAUUAAGAACAAGAGUGCCAUGCAUUAGAUUUUAAUAAAGAUAACUCCCUUGUAGCUGCAUCAUGUAAAGAAAAUAUUAAAAUCUGGAAAUUUAUAGAAGGAUAGUUGAUUAAUCAAAAUAUCUUGUUGACUGGUCAUGAAAGUGAUGUUUUCUGUAUUUUAUUCAGUAAAAAGAUUAAUUGGAUUGUAUCUGGUGACAAAACUAAUCAAAUUAGAAGUUGGAUUGAAUGUAAAGAUGUUCAAGGGAAAACUUAUUGGUAAAGCUCUUUACCCCUUGAGGUGCAUAAAUCUGAGAUUUUAUGUCUACAUUUAAAUAAAAAUGAAGAUGAAUUAAUAUCUGCAAGUGGAGACAGUACGAUAAAGGUAUGGGGAGUCAACUGCAACUUAAAUAAAAUAGAAUUCUAAUAUUCCCUUGAGAAACACACAAGUUAUGUUGAUAAAAUAAGCUUAAAUUCAACAGAAACGAAUAUGGUAUCUUGUGGAUGGGAUCAAUAAAUUAUUGUAUGGGAAAAGGAUGAUAGUAAAAGAUGGUAAUUUAAAUAUAUAGUUGAAUAAUCUAUUGAAGAUAUUGGAUUCAGAAUAGGAUUUUUAUAAGAUGAUACAGUUGUUUGGUGUUAGCUUUGCGAACCGUUUUUACAUGUUUUCAAAUUGUAAAAUGGAACAUUUUAAGAAAGGUCAGAUUUAAUAGUUAAAUUACAAAAUAUAAAAACUGAAAAUAAUUAUAAUGACUUUAAUCUUUUUUAAUUAAAAUAUUUACAAUAAGAAAAAGUGCUAAUCUUUAAGUAUAACCGAUAUGUGUAUUUGAUGAGAGAGACUUUAGAUUCCACUUUUAUUUUUCCUUGUGAACCUAUUGAUUGCUAAUCAAUUGAAUGCUAUGGUAAUAUAACAGAUAAUGGAAGGUAUUUAAUAGUUUGGAAUGAACAUUCAAAGUAAUUAUAAAGUUUUGAAAUUGAAUAUCAAUGA